AUGAACAAAGAAAAAGACAAAGAGCAAAGCGGUGUUCUAAAGGCAUGGGAGGCCACCGUGCGCAAAACGCACGCCGCGAAAAAGCGUGCAAACAGUAUUUUUGGGACGAUAACGAUGGCCACUGCGGCGGAGGAUGAUCUUGAAAAUCAUCACGAUAAAGACAAUGUAUCCGGGGAGCCGUACUUGGUAGAGAAAAUUCUACCCAACGGGGAUUAUUAUACGGGGCAGUGGUACGAUAAUUUCCCCGAGGGACAAGGGAAGUAUCAAUGGACCGAUGGGUGCAUGUACUUGGGGGAGUGGCAUAAAGGCAAAACAACAGGGAAAGGACGGUUUAGUUGGCCGUCGGGUGCUACUUACGAAGGCGAGUUCAAAAGUGGAUACAUCAACGGAAUCGGUAUAUACACAGGACCUAGCAGGGAUACAUACAAGGGGCAAUGGGUGAUGAACUUCAAACAUGGUCAUGGCAUGAGGUUCUACCCCAAUGGGGAUUGGUAUGAUGGUGAAUGGUGCGAAGGUUUGCAAGAGGGGCUUGGGAAAUACCAAUGGCAAAGCGAAAACCAUUACAUAGGAGAGUGGAAGAAUGGGAUGAUUUGUGGCAAUGGCACUUUUGUAUGGGGCAAUGGGAACAAAUAUGAUGGCCAAUGGGACGAGGGUUGGCCUAAAGGAAAUGGGACUUUUUAUUGGCCUGAUGGGAGUUAUUAUGUGGGGAAUUGGAGCAAAGACCCUGAAGAACAUAGUGGGACAUAUUACCCUUCCGAGUCCUCCGAACCCGGAACCAUCGAUUGGGAUCCUCAGUCAGUGUAUACCGAGUUGGCCAAUUGUAAGAUCUGCCCGAGAGAAAACGUUUCGAUCAUGCCGUCGCAGAAAGUAUUGGCAUGGUAUACGGCGAAGACUGAUGAGAAUCCGAGGAGGUUGUCGAUCGAUGGGAGGGCGAGCCUAUGCAUGGAAAGGCCGGAUAAAAUGCACAUGUGGGAGAGUGAUGAUGAUAGUAAUGACUAUGUAGAGCCCAAGAGAGAAUUGGAGUCUGAGAUCUUAUGUAUUCAACAUCAACAUGAUGAUACAAACCCUAAGUUUAACGCCGAAUUGCCAUUGAAAGUGCCCAAAAUUGGAAAGAGACCAGGAGAAACUAUAUCUAAAGGGCACAAGAACUACGAACUUAUGCUCAAUCUACAAUUGGGAAUCAGGCAUUCUGUGGGAAGGCCUGCACCAGCAACAUCUCUUGAUCUAAAGGCUGCAGCUUUUGACCCAAAAGAAAAAAUUUGGACAAGAUUUCCUACAGAAGGCAGCAAGUACACUCCUCCGCACCAGUGUUGUGAAUUCAAAUGGAAGGACUACUGUCCAGUAGUUUUUAGGGCUAUGAGGAAGUUGUUCCAGGUGGAUCCUGCAGAUUACAUGAUAUCAAUAUGUGGGAAUGGUGCUCUUAGAGAACUAUCUUCCCCUGGUAAAAGUGGUAGCUUUUUUUACUUGACAGAAGAUGAUCGAUACAUGAUAAAGACGAUGAAGAAGUCGGAAGUGAAAGUGUUUAUAAGGAUGCUUUUUGCAUACUAUAACCAUGUUCGAAACUUCGAGAACACAUUGGUCAUUAAAUAUUAUGGCUUGCACUGCGUGAAGUUAACAGGGCCGAUUCAAAGAAAGGUACGAUUCAUAAUUAUGGGAAACCUUUUACGCUCAGAAUAUACAAUUCACAGACGCUUUGAUUUGAAAGGAUCUUCUCUCGGACGCAUAACAGAUAAGUCUGAGUCUGAGAUCGACAAUACUACCAUUCUUAAGGACCUUGAUUUGAAUUUCAUAUUCAAACUCCAAAAAUCUUGGUUUGACGAGUUUUGCUGGCAAAUAGAUAGGGAUUGUGAGUUUCUUGAACAGGAGAGAACCAUGGACUAUAGUCUCCUGGUAGGCAUUCACUUUAAAGAAAUAGGAGCUAAUGGAGAGUUAAUUCCAUGUGGAAGCCCAAGUUCAUCUGGAAAUAUUGAGAAUGAAUCAACUCCGCCACCGGAGACGGAGGAGCAGAUUCAAGACCCUAAGAGGUCGGGUGUGAUCAAGUUGGGUACGAACAUGCCGGCGAGAGUAGAAAGAACCAUAAGAAAACCCGAGAGCGUAUUCCAUUUGGUGGGGGAACAAACAGGGGAGUGUUACGAGGUGAUAAUGUACUUUGGCAUCAUCGACAUACUUCAAGAUUAUGACAUUACCAAGAGACUGGAGCAUGCAUAUAAGUCCUUCCAGUACGACCCCACUUCUAUAUCAGCCGUUGAUCCAAAGCAGUACUCCAAGCGAUUCCGUGACUUCAUAUUUAAAGUCUUUUGUGAAGAUACUUGA